AGCAGCAGCGGCCGGGGCCCAUCACUUCUGCAGCAUGGAUCUCCGGAAGAUGCUGUCCCAGAUGAUUCUGCUCCUGCUCUUCCUUUCUCUGUCACCCCUGGGAGGUGGCUCUCACCCUCUGGGCAGUCCUAGCCAGUCUCCGGAACAAUUGAAGAUGCAGAAACUGCUGGACCUAAUGAGGGAAAAGUCAGAGGAGAUGGCUCAGGUGCAGCUCCCGAAGAAGCAAGGCCCCACAAAAGCUCCCCCCAAAGGAGUCCUUGGGUCUCAAGAUAGAGCCCUCCAGGUCCUGCAGAGACUUCGAAACUCCAAGGCGAUGCACAAUUCAGGCUGCUUUGGGCAGAGGAUAGACCGGAUCGGCUCCGUCAGUCGUCUGGGCUGUAACGUGCUGAAGCGGUUUUAGGAAGAGCUGGCUGCAGACAUGGGCUUCUGACUCCACCUGGGGCUCUUUCCCCAACUCUGGGACCCCUUUUUUUGAAGUGAUCCUAUUUAUUUAUUUAUUUAUUUAUUUUUAUUUUGUUGUUUUCUACAAGACUGUCUCUUAUCUUUGAGCACAAACUUUCCACGGUUUAAUAAACACAGCAUACUCCUCGCUUUAGAAAAGAAAUUGU